AAAAUGUUACAAAUAUAAAUACCGAAACAGCUCCCACAUUAUUAACCAUCAACGAUGCGUUCGCUAGUGUUUUUCAUUUUGUGCUUUGUGACCUACACAAGUAGUGAAAGUAGCGCCAACGAAGAAUUUGUAGGAUGGCUCGAAAAAGUUGGCAUUAAAACGGCUGCAAAGAUUAAGCAAGCGGAACAACACCAAAUAUUUAUGCAGCGCAUCGUUGGGGGAGCUAUUGCGCCAAUCAAUUACCAUCCAUAUUUGGCAGGUCUACUGAUUGAUAUUAAUGAAUUGCAAUCACCGGCCGCGUGCGGCGGAUCGAUCCUUACCCCUGCCAGCAUCUUAACUGCAGCUCAUUGCUGGUUCGAUGGAAGAAAUCGUGCAGUACGUUUCACUGUCGUACUGGGAACCCCAUUCCUGUUCCAUGGUGGCUUAAGGAUUCAAGCGUCUUCCAUUGCAGUUCAUCAUCAAUACGACUUCAGAACGUUUGCAAAUGACAUUGCAAUGCUGUACUUACCCCGUCGUAUAAUAUUCAACCAUGCGGUACAGCCAAUUCCAUUAGCCACUGAUUCGCUUCUAAGCACUGACAAGGCAGGCAUGUGGGCCGUUGCAGCUGGAUAUGGAAGAUAUUCUGAUGUUAUAAAUCCUACGACAAACACGAUGGCGAGAAAUGUUUUUCUACAAACUAUAUCCUUAGAAACCUGCCGUGGCUAUUACGGUAAUGUAGUUUUGGAUUCUAACAUCUGCACUAGUGGAGUUGGCGGUGUUGGUAUUUGCCGAGGAGAUUCUGGAGGCCCAUUAACUAUUAACCACCAAGGAAAAGAAUGGCUCAUUGGUGUUAGCUCAUUCGUGGCAAGGGACGGCUGCGAAUUAGGUUUCCCGUCUGUUUUCGCCAGCGUACCUUCCUUCAGGGCCUGGAUCCAACAUCACAUGAUAUUUUAAUAGCGAAAUAAAAAUUUCAUGAUGACACGACUAAAACUUGCUUAUUUUAUUUGUCAAUGCAAUAAGAUUUCAUUGAAAAUUUCCUAAAAGGCCCAUUUAUUAAAAUGCUACCGUCCGAUAUUCGCCAAGACCGAACUGGUAAAUGUCAAGGAAAGAAAAUGGCUAAAACCUGUCUAACCAUUUGACAAUGAAAUGGCAGUCGACAUCGUCUUCGGCUACG